AAUACACCCAGAAUAGUUUCAGAAUCACUACAUCCAAACCACUACCAAUCAAAACCUACCAGGUCAAGUUCAGGAUUUCUUUGGCUGUAAAGUCAUCACUAUGAAAAUGGAAAAAUAAAUUAUGGAACACUCAUAUAUGAACAGUCAGAGAGCAGACUCUUAGAAACAUUGUAUGGAGGUAAUCUUCAUCCAUCAUGGUAGGCAUGCCCCGGACACUGAGCACCUCCGACAUGGUCACUCCAGGCAGCCUCGGCCCACCCCACCCUGAGCCCACGGAUGGUGAGCAGGCCAGGCAGCCCCUCCUGGAUGGAGCUCCAUCCUCAGCCUCCCUGGACGCCCUGAUCGAGCAGCUGGUGCCCAAAGCUGACUACUACCCUGAGAAAGCCUACAUCUUUACCUUCCUGCUGAGCUCCCGCCUCUUCAUCGAGCCCCGGGAGCUCCUGGCCCGGGUCUGCCACUUGUGCAUCGAGCAGCAGCAGCUGGACAAGCCAGUGCUGGACAAGGCCCAGGUCCGGAAGUUUGGCCCCAAACUGCUCCAGUUGUUGGCCGAGUGGACAGAGACGUUCCCGCGGGACUUCCAGGAGGAGUCGACCAUCAGUCACCUGAAGGACGUGGUGGGCCGCAUCGCCCCCUGUGACGAGGCAUACCGAAGGAGGAUGCAUCAGCUCCUGCAGGCUCUGCACCAGAAGCUGGCGGCUCUGGGCCAGGGGCCGGAAAGCCUGCUGGGCACUGACAAGCCCAUCUCCUACAGGAACAAGCCUCCAGCCUCUAUCCACAGGGAGCUCCUCAACAUCUGCAGUGACCCCUACACACUGGCUCAGCAGCUGACCCACGUGGAGCUGGAACGGCUACGACACAUUGGACCUGAGGAGUUUGUCCAGGCUUUUGUGAACAAGGACCCUCUGGCCAGCACAAAGCCUUGUUUCAGUGACAAGACUAACAACCUGGAAGCUUACGUGAAAUGGUUCAACAGAUUGUGCUACCUCGUGGCCACUGAGAUCUGCAUGCCGGCCAAGAAGAAACAGAGGGCCCAGGUGAUUGAGUUCUUCAUCGACGUAGCCCGUGAGUGCUUCAACAUCGGCAACUUCAACUCCCUAAUGGCCAUCAUCUCUGGCAUGAACAUGAGUCCUGUCUCAAGGCUGAAGAAGACCUGGGCCAAAGUGAAGACAGCCAAGUUUUUCAUCCUCGAGCACCAGAUGGACCCAACAGGGAAUUUCUGCAACUACAGAACAGCCCUACGCGGGGCAGCCCACCGCUCCCUGACCGCCCACAGCAGCCGGGAGAAGAUCGUCAUCCCCUUCUUCAGCCUGCUCAUCAAAGACAUCUACUUCCUAAACGAAGGCUGUGCCAACCGCCUCCCCAAUGGACACGUCAACUUUGAGAAAUUUCUGGAGCUGGCCAAGCAAGUAGGAGAGUUCAUCACAUGGAAACAAGUGGAGUGUCCCUUCGAGCAAGACCCCAGCAUCACCCACUACCUGCACACUGCUCCCAUCUUCAGCGAGGAUGGUCUUUAUUUGGCUUCUUAUGAAAGUGAGAGCCCAGAAAACCAAACAGAAAAAGAGAGGUGGAAAUCUCUAAGGUCUUCUAUUCUGGGGAAGACGUGAAAAGCACCGAGCUGGAGGAGGAUGGGGAGGAGGAGGAGGAGAGGAAGCCGGCAGAAGCCUUCUGCCGCCCUGCCCCAGCCAGCCCAGUGGGAGGAGGAGGCAUUGGUGCCUCGCUGCUUUGCAAACCGUGACCCUGUGGCCUGGUGCCCGUCACAGUGACCACACAGCACAGGAGACCUUUCUCCACCUUUUGUGGAACCUCAGCCCUGGAAGGGCCCAGAGCCUCCAAACACAGGGGUGGCACGUGCCUCAGGGACCCUGCCUUGAGGACAGUGGUGCUCACAUUGUUGGUCAGUCUGUCUGUCCUCGGCGAUGACCCAAGGGGUCGGGUGACUGCAGUGUCACUCCUGAGAGUGGGUGACUCGUGCCAUGGAGACAGACACCCAGUCCGUCUCCAGGUGGCCUGGGAGCCUCUGUCUCUCCAGCGAGCACCACCAUGACGUGAGAAGGGCCAGAGCCCACCAGUGGCCCCUGCCAUUCUACUGAUGGACCUAACCCUGCCCCUUGAGAUGGGCUGGUUUCUGCAGCCCCGUGCACCCCCUUUCUGCAUCCUGCUGGUAUCGGGAUAGCUUUCUGGUGACCACUAUGAUGCUGGUCAGCAGGACAAAUUUGAGUCACGGACUUGACAGUGUGUACAGUACAUUGUAAAUUUUAGAGUUGGUAUAAACACGUUGGUAUACCCUGCGUA